CUGUGCAAGGCCCGGCGUGCAGUACCUGCGGCCGACGCUAAGGGGUCGCUGUUCUGCGCUUUCUGCUCCCCCUCACCAAGCACCACCAGCAGCAGUGGCCGCCGCGGCCUGAGAUCUUUUUGUCUGAGGCAGAGUGAGGAGCCGCUCGAUUCCGCGGCCGCUUAGCCGCCCGUACGCGGGGUACAUGUGAGAAGAGAGCGCCGGGGAGAGAGCGGACUGAGGCGGUGGAGAGCAGCUCAUACAUACACGGGGGCCAACGGCCGGUAUAAGGCGCUCACACAAAGGGGGGAGGGAGAGCGGUGGGAGCCCGCAGCGGCCCGGCAGUACAAGCACAACAUGCUCCGUAUGAGGCAACCAUCCGCCGGGCGCCUGUGCUGAAGCGGGAGGAGGAGGGGGGCGGACGGCGAGGAGGAGGCCGGCGCUCGGCCGCUCGGUAACGUUACUACUGGUGGCCGUGGUCUCUCCUCCGGCCUCGGCCUGAACUUUUGCCGUGUGUGGCCCCCUUCUAGCCCGGCUUCCCCCCGCUCUCCUGUACGGUCCAUGAGCGGGUUCGGGCCGGCAGCUGGCUCCGUCCUCUCCUGAGAGGCAGCCGAGGAGAAGGAAGAAGGAGCGGGGGGCCGCCACCCCAGGGCCCCCUAUUAACGGUCACUGUGUGUGAGAAUCUAUCGCUCUGCCUGUUCCAUCCGCAUCCCUAGAGCCGGUUAUCUGAGGACACCCGGGGCCUCCCCUACCAUGUCUACAUCGAAAUCCCAACCCGUGCACCGGAGGAAGGGGCUGGCUUUUCUGGAUGAGCUGCGGCAGUUCCAUGAGAGCAGAGGGUCGCGGUUCAGGAAGAUCCCGGCGGUGGCGGGCAGGGAGCUGGACCUGCACACCCUCUACACCCGAGUGAUCGCUCUGGGAGGCUUCGCCAAGGUCUCCGAGAAGAACCAGUGGGCAGAAAUAGUAGAAGACUUCCACUUUCCAAGGGGUUGUGCAAAUGCUGCCUUUGCUCUGAAACAGUAUUAUUUGCGGUAUUUGGAAAAAUAUGAGAAAGUUCAUCACUUUGGAGAAGAUGAUGAUGAGGUCCAACCUGGAAAUCCAAAACCACAGCUCCCUAUUGGUGCAAUACCGUGUACCUACAACUACCAGCAGCAUAUUGUACCAGAUUAUUUACGACAAAGUUAUGGGCUUACCAUGGACUUUAACACACCAAAUGAUUACAACAAACUGGUGCUUUCACUUUUAUCUGGACUCCCUAAUGAAGUGGACUUUGCAAUUAAUGUUUGCACACUUCUGUCUAAUGAAAGCAAACAUGUAAUGCAGCUUGAAAAGGACCCCAAAAUUAUCACCUUGUUGCUUGCAAAUGCUGGUGUAUUUGAUGACACUCUGGGAUCUUUUUCUGCGGUUUUUGGUGAUGAAUGGAAGGAAAAAACAGACAGGGAUUUUGUACAGUUUUGGAAGGAUAUUGUUGAUGACAAUGAAGUACGUGAUCUCAUAUAUGACAAAAGUAGAUCUCAAGAAGGUUCAUCUCCUGAUUCUUUAUGGGACUCGUUAUUUCAUCCACCUCGGAAGCUGGGUAUAAAUGACAUUGAAGGACAGCGUGUUCUACAGAUCGCAGUCAUUUUGCGAAAUCUCUCAUUUGAGGAAAGCAAUGUAAAACUUUUGGCAGCUAAUCGGACUUGUCUCCGUUUCUUAUUACUAUCUGCUCAUAGUCACUUUAUUUCUCUACGGCAACUGGGUCUUGAUACGUUGGGGAAUAUUGCAGCAGAGCUUCAGCUAGAUCCUGUUGACUUCAAAACCACUCACCUUAUGUUUCACACCAUCACAAAAUGCCUAAUGUCAAGGGACAGGUUCUUAAAAAUGAGAGGCAUGGAAAUCUUAGGAAACUUGUGUAAGGCUGAAGAUAAUGGUGUUCUUAUAUGUGAGUAUGUGGAUCAAGAUAGCUACAAGGAAAUCAUAUGUCAUCUUUCUCUGCCGGAUGUCCUGCUUGUAAUCUCUACACUUGAGGUGCUCUAUAUGCUUACAGAACUUGGAGAAGUGGCCUGUGUGAAGAUAUCAAAUGUAGAGCGAAGCAUAGAUACUCUAGUAUGUCUUAUUUCUAUGGACAUACAAAUGUUUGGGCCUGAUGCACUUACAGCAGUCAAACUUAUAGAGCAUCAAAGCUCCAACCACCAGGUGGUGUCAGAAAUCCGCCCUCAAACUGUUGAGCAUGUGCCUCCUGCAGCCAGUCCAACUCCUGCUCCAGCUUCGAGAGCAGCUCCGGCUCAUGGUGUACCACCUGGAAUUGUAGAAAUAGACAGCGAGAAGUUUGGUUGCCAAUGGUUAAAUGCCCAUUUUGAAGUAAGUCCUGACAGCUCUGUCUCCAAAUCGGACAUGUUCUCGGAGUAUCUUUCAACAAGCAGCAAAUUGGCAAGAGGUGGAAAUCUGACCUCCUCUGGGUUCUACAAAUGUCUAAGGUCCGUAUUCCCAAAUUACAACAUAAAGCGAGUAGAAGACCCGAACAAUAAUGGACAAGCUCAUUUUCAUGUUUCUGGUGUGAAGAGAAGGGCAUUACCACUUCCAAUUCAGAUGUACUAUCAACAGCCGCAGCAACCAUCUCCUGCUGUCAGGGUAGACAUGGUGCCUGAUGCAAAUACAGCAGGGAUGCCACAAGGAGCUGCAAAUCUUUUCCAGAGAGGUCCAGCAGCUAUCCAAGCUCCUAAUCUGGCAGCAACACAAAUGUCAUUUCCUAUUCAAGGCAUCCACAGUGUGGCACAGACAGUUUGCCGGAUACCGCAGAACCCUCUAAGUCAAACGCAGCAUCAGCAGAAUACUACUGUGACUGUAAUACAGAAUAAAACUCCAAUUUCGUGUGAAGUAGUGAAAGCUACAGUAAUACAGGGUUCUGUUCAGCACUCGGCAGUUCCUGUCACCAUCUCUUUGGGAGGGUCAACACAAGCUUCAAUAGUUCAAAAUCAUGCCGGACAGCAGUCUUCUGUUGCUGUAGUAGGCUCUCAGGCAUUGUUUCACCAUUCAUCUGUCAUUCAGCAGCAGCCCCCUUUACACACAAUGGUACCUGGACAGAUAGCUUCAGGAACACCUGUAGCAGUUAUUCAGCAAGCUGUUCCUCAAGGUCACAUAUUUGGCAGAGUUCAGAAUAUGACAGCAGGCACAGCAGGAAUUCAACAAGGGCAGCAGCUGAUCACCACCUCUUCUCAAACUGUGCAUGUUUCAUCACAGCAGUCUCCAGCUUCCAGCCAGCCAAAAGAUACAGUCAUCUUAACUCCUCAACAAUAUGUAACAACAUCGUCCUCCAACAUAGCAUCUGUAACAACAGUUCAGAGUUUCCAUGUUGCCACUGGUCAGAUGUAUACUAUAGCUGGUGUUCAAAAUCCACAAGCCUCUCGAAUUGCUUUCCAGAGUAUUGCUCCCAAACCCCUCUCUUCUCAUCAGGUGUCAUCUGGAGCUCAGCAGCCCCAACAGCAACAGCCUCAGCAGAGUGUUGUAAUUGUUAGUCAGCCAUCUCAACAUGGACAAGCAUAUGCACCAGCCAUACACCAAAUUGUUCUCACUAAUCCAGCUGCCAUUCAAGCUGGGCAGACUGUUCAGUUAACUGGGCAACCAGGUAUAGCACCGUCUUCAUCUCCUUUACCAUCUCCAAAUAACCAGCUCCCACCUAUUAUGACAUCUACCCCAACCACUCCAGUUUCACAAGGACCUCCACCAACUGUUAGCCAAAUGCUUUCUGUCAAAAGGCAACAGUUAUCACCAGCACCUCACCAACAGUCCCAAACUCAACAACAGGCACAAGUGCAAACUCAGCAGACGCAGCCAUCCCAGCCUGUACAAGUACAAAUUCAGCAACAGCAAGCUCAGAAUGCAAAUGUUGGUCUUUCUACUCCUGGUGAGUCCAGCUUAAUCAAACAGCUGUUGCUUCCAAAACGGGGACCUUCCACUCCAGGAGGAAAACUCAUACUCCCUGCUCCUCAAAUACCGCCUCCCAACAAUGCAAGAGCACCAAGUCCCCAGGUGGUGUAUCAAGUAACUAAUAAUCAAACGCCUUCAUUUGGAGUACAAGGUCAGCCUGCUACUCAGCAAAUUCUUGUUGGGCAGCAAAAUGUACAGUUAGUUCAGAGCACCAUGCCGAACCAAACUGGUGUUCAGACUGUACCAAUUUCAAAUCUGCAAAUAUUGCCAGGCCAGUUGAUAUCAAAUUCCCCGGCAACAAUUUUCCAAGGGACUACAGGCAAUCAAGUGACAAUAACUGUUGUGCCAAACACAAGCUUUGCUACUGCGACAGUAAGCCAGGGAAGUACACCUCAGAUAAUUGCACCAAUGAGUGGGGCACAAACAGGAGUUGGAUUACAGGUACAAACUCUUUCUGCUGCUGUUACGCAAACCAGUGGGCCUUUAACAGUAUCUACGAAUUCUCCCCCUUUUAGGGGCGAUAAGAUAAUUUGCCAAAAGGAGGAAGAAGCAAAGGAAGCUACAGGCUUGCAUGUUCAUGAACGUAAAAUUGAAGUUAUGGAAAAUCCUUCCUGUCCAAAAGGUUCUGCAAACACCAGCAAUGGGGAAACUAAUGAAAAUGAUGUGCAAGUAGGAAGUCUCUUAAAUGGUAAAAAGUGUGACUCCACUCUACCUCCUUCAAACUCAGGGAAAGCUCAGAAUGAGGCCAGCCAGCUGGUCCCUAAUGGGUCGUCUGUGGAACUGGGGGAAAAUGGAGCUGCCGCAAAGCUAAGCUCUGAGCAGGCAGACGCACAGGAAAGUAAAACUGACUUUAAACGGCCACAAGUUAAUGGGAUUUGUGAUUUUGAAAAGGAAGACUGUUCACAUUUGAGCAAAAACAUUCCAAAUCACAAAACUUCCAACCACGUAGGAAAUGGUGAAAUAUCUCCCGUCGAGCAACAAGAACUUCUUGAUUCUUCAGUUACUGCCAAAGGUGAACAAGUGGAAAGGCUAUCCAAUGGACCUGUAGCACCCAACAGUUUAUCACAUACUGCAAGCAGCAGUCGUGAUGCUUCAAACCUUUCAAAUCAAAUACGUUGUGGUAACCCCACAGAUUUACCCAAUGGACCUGUAGUUUCCCCUUUGAAUUCAGAUGUGCCUCAGCAGCGUCCGUCUGUAGUUAUUCCUGCUCAGUCUACAGCCCCCAUUAUACCAGGUCAUCAAUUUAUAGCAUUGCCUCAUACAGGAUCUAGAAUUAUUCAGCCUACUCUACCUGCCGAUGUACGGUCAACUAAUGGAACAGCAGAAUGCAAAUCUUUUAAGCGACCAGCAGAGGACAGUGAAAGAGAUUCUGCCCCAGUCAUUCCCAGUAAAGUGGGAGUACGGAUUGUUACAAUCAGUGACCCAAAUAACGCUGGCUGUAGUGCAACAAUGGUUGCUGUGCCAGCUGGCGUAGAUCCAAGCACUGUAGCUAAAGUAGCAAUAGAAAGUGCUGUUCACCAAAAACAGCAGCAUCCACUCACAUUUGUACAAACAGUAGUUGCACAGAGUACGCCUGUGACAACUAUACCAGCAUUACAUGUACAAGGCCACAUAGUUGGCUCCCAGUCCUCUCCAUACCCCACUACAACAGGUCAACCGGUGGAGCCAGUAAAGAAGCCAGGACAAAACUUUAUGUGCCUAUGGCAGUCAUGCAAAAGGUGGUUUGCAACACCCUCGCAGGUAUAUUACCAUGCAGCUACAGAACAUGGAGGUAAAGAUGUGUACCCAGGGCAGUGUCUGUGGGAAGGCUGUGAACCCUUCCAGCGGCAGAGGUUCUCUUUUAUCACGCACUUACAGGACAAACACUGCUCAAGGGAAGCCCUACUUGCUGGACUGAAACAAGAAGAACAGAACCAGGCAGGGCAUCAGAAAUCUUCCAAGCAAUCUUCUACAGGGGCAUCAACUCCCCGACCACAGAAGGCCAUUGUGAACCAUCCAAGUGCUGCCCUCAUGGCACUAAGGCGGGGAUCAAGGAACCUGGUUUUUAGAGACUUUACGGAUGAAAAAGAGGGACCAAUUACAAAACACAUCCGAUUAACAGCUGCCUUAAUAUUAAAAAAUGUUGCAAAACACUCAGAAUGUGGUCGUCUAUCAUUAAAAAGACAUGAAAAUCACUUAUCAGUUUUAGCCCUUAGUAAUAUGGAAGCUUCCUCCACACUUGCCAAAUGCCUUUAUGAACUCAAUAGUACAAGUCAUAGUACAGAACAAGAGACAGACUAUGAAAUGCAACAGUGAAAGGAGUGUCCUUUGUACAGCAUAGACUGUGGUAAUCGCAUGACAUUUCAUGUACUGUUACAGAGGAAAGCACUAAGUCUUAAUGGAGACCAUAGAUUGCAUCAUUAUCUCCUCCCACGUCGCAAUGAGGACGCGCCACGCUCUGAUCGCUGAAUGAAUCCCUCUGUUCUCUGUAAAGAAGCUGCCAUAGGGAUUUUCAGCCAGCGGUCUGCAGGAUGUCUCCGAGUUGGUCAGUCCUGAAGGAAACUGGGGUGUUCAGAAUACUGUACCAUCCACAUGGGUGGAGUAUACAUGGAAAUGUUCUAAAACCUUCAUGAGCAGAUGAAAUAGAAGCAUUAAAUAUUUUUAUCUAUAUCCAAAAAAGGAGCACAUUUUUAUAUUUACAGAACUGUUUGAGCUGGUUUGAAUAAAGAAAUAAAAUGCAGCACAUCUGUAUCCCCCAUGAUGUUGGUGGAUGCCACCAAUCUCUUGCUAUGGAUUGCGUGUUUUGUUUAGAAAUCAGUAGUUUUGGUUUUCUUACUUGAGCCAAUAUAUUUUCACGUAUUUAUUAUCAUAAAAUAAAAAAAAUACCAGUCUAAAUAGAUCUUGUAAAUAUUUGUGAAUAGAACACCUUUCAUGCCACUGCAGCCACUGGAAGAUUCGCAUUCUGUGGUGUUCUAGAAACACUCUACUAGGUCCUUAUCUUUUCUAGACUUUCCUGUCAAUUGUAACUAAUUGUGAUAUAUAUUCAAAGCAGUGGAUGAAUGUUCUUUAAAUUUAUGUAAAUAAUUCUGGAAAGGUACUGAUGCUGUAAAGUUAAAACAGUUUUGUGGAACUGUGAUAUUUUUUUUCCUCCCGAAUUCUCCUCCUCCUUUUUUUUUUUUGUCCCUUUUUUUAUUUGUAAUAUACACCUUGUAGAACUCAUUUUGCUGGCUGAAAGAGUAUGGAAUAAUAUAUCACGUCAUUUUUGUAGAAGAAAAAAAAAACUAUUUGAAGGUAUUUUUGUUUUUUUCCCCCCCUAACAUAUAUCCACUGUAAACGUUUGUCAUAGUGCAGGCUCAGAGCUUGUACAGAAUUUUUUGUAUUUGUAAAUUGGUUUAAAUACAUGGAUUUUUAUACAGGUUUUCUCCUGUGUUAUAUUUGCAUUAUGUGCAGGUAUGAUAUUUUCUUCACUACUUUUUCUAUCUUAAUAUAGUGUGGAAUUUUAUUGUAUUAUUCUUCCAUUCUUAAUACUGUACCACAUUCCUGCUCAGAUCCCGCUCACGUCUUUAAAUUUGUCUUUUCCUCACCCACCCUUUCACCUCAGCGUGAAGUGUAUCCAUUUAUAACUGCCUAUUGCCUGUUGUAUUAGCAUCCAAAAUGUGGAAAAAAAAAAUCCCAACCACCAUUUCUGCUGUGUCCGUAGGAUGUGCAGUAAAAGAUAUAGACCUAACAGUUUAUGUUAUAGAAUGGCUUUAUUUACUUUGGUGACUGUUUAUAGUUUUUAAAUAAAAGACUGAACAUUU